AUGCCCAAACGAUCUUCAACCCUCGAUUUCUCAGACGGGCCUUCGGCUUUGGAGGAGCACCGAGAAAAUUCUGCGAUAGCUGCCGGAGCCAGCUUUUCUUCAGCUACACGCAACAAAGCAGAGCGCUCUCGCAUUCAAGGACUUCAGACCACCUCCAAGUCGCCUGUGGAUGGUCGUCGAAGGCAUGAUCCGACACGGCCAAAGAAACUCAACGAACGAAUAAGCCUGUGGAUGAUCAAUGAGGGCCGGCAAAGAGUCUUCUUUGCUGUCUUUUUGCUGCUUCAUCUAUUGGUGGCUGCGUUGGGCGUCGUCCAUUAUGGUUGGAAGGACAAUCUGUCCAAUGCCCGCGCGACUUUUGGGGUCACAUUUACUAUUGCCCGUGCCGCAGCCCUCGUUUUGCAUGUGGAUGUUGUAUUCAUUCUGCUUCCCGUCUGCCGCAACUUCAUCACCCUUCUCCGACGCACACCGCUGGGAGACGUGAUCCCCUUCGACAAGAACAUUACCUUGCACAAGGCGACCGGCUGGUCGAUCGUAAUCGGCUCAGCGGUUCACUCGAUUGCUCAUAUUAUCAACCUAUACCACCUCACCAUGGCUGAUACGUCAGCGACUACGACUGGUGCACGGAUUGCCUUCUUCCUCUCCGCCAACUUUGUUAUUGGACCACUGAUCACUGGGUGGCUGAUGUGGAUUUGCCUGGGAGUGAUGGUUUUUUUCGCGGUCGAGAAGCGUCGAACGCGGAAAAAUGGCGGAUUCGAGAAAUUUUGGUAUACCCACCAUCUGUUUAUUCCGUUUUUCGUCCUCUGGCAGCUGCACGGCAUGUUUUGCAUGAUCAAGCCAGACCGUCCCCCGUACUGCUCUUCGAACACUAUCGGGGUUUUCUGGCGUUAUUGGAUAGUCGGUGGUGUUAUAUGGAUUUCGGAGCGUAUUCUUCGCGAGGCUCGCUCAAGACAUGUCACCUACAUCUCUAAAGUUAUCCAACACCCUUCGGACGUGAUGGAACUGCAAAUCAAAAAGGCAAAUACCUCCACCCGUGCGGGGCAAUAUAUAUUCAUCAACUGCCCCGAAAUAUCGUACUUCCAAUGGCACCCAUUCACCCUCACAAGCGCCCCAGAAGAGGAUUACAUUUCUGUUCAUAUCCGGGUCGUUGGUGAUUUCACGCGAGCAUUAGCCAAAUCUGUUGGCUGCGACUUUGAAGGUGCCAAAGGGAAGGAGAAGAGCAAAGAGCAGGAGGCUCAAGUUGUCAUGACAACCUCCAACCCACGUAUAAACCGUGUUUUGCCGCGAAUCAUGGUCGAUGGGCCGUUCGGUACCUCGUCAGAGGACUUUCUCAAUUACGAGACCGUUCUUCUUGUUGGUGCUGGAAUUGGUGUCACUCCGUUCGCCUCUAUCCUCAAAUCAAUCUGGUACCGCAUGCAAAACUUCAGCGAAGGCAAGAGAACACGUCUCUCAAAGGUCUACUUCACCUGGGUCAUUCGCGACUUCGGCACUGCCGAAUGGUUUCACUCCCUCCUCCGUGCUCUCGAGGAGCAGGAUUCGCAGAGCCGUAUUGAGAUCAACAUUUAUCUGACAGGCAGCGUUAAUGUCGAAGACAUCAACAACAUUGUCGUGCAAGAUGUUGGUGCAGAGAAAGAUGCCAUUACCUCGUUGAGGGCGCCGACGCAUUAUGGCCGUCCAAAUUGGGAUCAAGUGUUUGCGUCCCUGGGCCAGAAGCACCCCGAGUCGGACAUCGGUGUGUUUUACUGUGGCCCACAAGCACUAGCCUCGGCGCUGCGCUACCAUUGUAACAAACAUUCGGAUGCUCGUGGUGCGCGGUUUUUCUUCGGGAAAGAGAAUUUCUGA